UAUAAUAACAUCUGCUAACUUCACGAGAGACUAGGCCUAGGUCUCUCUUUAGCCGCGCUAUAUAUAUGUACAAUGUGUUGUCUACGUUUUAGGGUGCUAGGGCACCACAAGUUUAUCGAACACUGAGGGUACGUUCCACUUAGCGCCCGCACUGAUUUCGUCCGCGACCGCUCUUUUAUGCGUUCCACAAUCAAAAAGCGUUGUGGUCGAAGUUUUCAAGUGGAACAGGUUUUGGAGGUUUUAGGUUUCAAGAUGGCCGCUGUUGUUGGCAUAAUUAUUCGUCGGCGACGGAUAUCAUCAAGUUCCAGUUCAAGUCUGGAUGAUGAAGAAUUUUUUCAACAAAGAAAGAAGCGGAAACUUCGCCCGCGAAUUACGGAUUAUGCAGAUGUCGUUGGCCGUUAUGCAGACAACGAAUUUAAAAGUCAUUUUAGAAUGUCAAAAUCAACGUUUGAAUACCUAGUAAAUAUUAUAAGAGGCGAUUUAAUUAGAAAGGUUAAUGGUUGUCCGACAAUUCCGGCUGAAAAGCAGCUGAUGAUUGCCUUAUGGAAAAUGGCAACUAGCGAUUCAUAUAGGUCUGUAUGUGAUCGCUUCAAUGUAGGAAAAGCCACUGGUCUACGAGCUGUACGUAGGGUUACGUAUUCCCUGCAUAAAAGAGCAGCGAGAUGGAUUCAGUGGCCAGUGGGAGAUCGUGCCAUCACAGUGAUGCAACAGUUUGAGGCAUCAUCAGGGUUCCCAAGAGUUAUUGGGGCCAUCGAUGGCACCCACAUUCGCAUCGAUGCUCCACAAGAAAAUGCCCCAGACUAUGUCAAUCGUAAACAUUUUCAUUCGAUACAAUUACAGUUGGUCUGUGAUUCUAACAUGUUAAUAACGCACUGUUACACUGGACACCCGGGCUCCGUCCAUGACCAGAGGGUGUUUAGGCUUUCUGAUGUGGCAAACUUUGUAGAAGAUGCAGAAAAAUUUCCUAUGGAUAGCCACCUGUUAGGUGAUGCAGCCUACGAGUUGCAUGAACAUCUCCUUGUGCCCUUUCGGGACAACGGUCAUCUGGACAGAACUGCAAAACAAAUAUAAUAGACACCUUUCAACA